AUGCAUCAAAAGUCGAAAGAGGAUGAUACUACGGUGGAGCAUGAUGAGAGGGGCACCCUUGGUGUUGAAGCGCUGGAUAUGAUGCCUUCAUAUGGACCGGAUGGCGUCAGAGGGCUUUUCAGCUCGGGGUAUGUUCUUGGAGCCGCCUGCCUUGCUUCUCUUGGGGGUUUCAGCUUUGGGUAUGACCAGGGAGUUACUUCAGUCAUCAAUGUCAUGCCACAAUUUCAUGCGGCUAUCCCGCAGGCGGAGAGUGAAUUUGGUAAAGGGUUCAUGACAGGCAUGCUGCUCCUUGGGGCAUUUGUCGGUUGUAUCUUCAUGCCUUAUCUUGCCGACAAGGUCUCCAGGAAGUGGGCCCUGACGGUGGUCGUUAUCAUUUUUGACAUCGGGGCCAUUAUCCAGACCUCGGCCCAAAGUUACGGCAUGCUGGUUGCUGGAAGAGCAAUUGGUGGUAUCGGGGUUGGUACACUGGCUAUGGGCGCACCACUUUACAUCUCAGAAAUUUCACCACCAAACCUGCGAGGAACUCUAUUAGUGCUCGAAUCCAUUUGCCUCGUGUCCGGGUCAGUCAUAGCAUAUUGGAUAAAGUUCGGCAUGAGAUUAGUAAACAGUGAAGCUUCAUUCCGUGUGCCCUUUGGCUUGCAGAUGGUCAGCGCAACUCUUGUUGGAAUCGGUAUCCAUUUCUUCCCAUACUCACCACGGUGGCUGGCGCUCGUUGAUCGGCCGGAGGAUUGUCUCAAGAGUCUGAGUCGGCUGCGCGGCCUUCCAUUGAGCGAUCAGAACGUCCAGGCCGAGUUCAACGCAAUAAUCAGUGAGCGAGAGGCCCUGAUAUGGAUGGACCUAUUCAAGCCGCAGACCUGGAAGAGGACAGCAGUCGGCGUGGGUGUAGGAUUUUUCCAACAAUUUUCAGGUGAGGGCGAGAUGUCCUUGAUUUUGUCGGGUGUAUUCAAUUCCCUUCAGCUUCUCACCGUCCUAGUCUGUUUCUUCACCAUCGACAAAGUUGGUCGGCGACCCCUGGCUAUACUAGGAGGUUUCCUUAUGGGAGCCUGCUAUGUCGUCAUUGCUGUGCUAAUGGCUCUAUAUGGGCCCAAUUGGGCUAACCCAUCGGCUGGUUGGGCCUGUGUGGCGAUGGCCUUCCUGUACAUUCUUGUCUACGGGAAUACAUACUCACCUCUUGGCUGGGCCCUGCCCUCGGAGGUCUUCCCAAAUGCACUCCGUUCUAAAGGGGUCGCGUUAUCAACUUGUGUCAAUUGGCUGUCCAAUUUCAUUGUUGGAAUCGUGACUCCGGCAAUGAUGGCUAAUAUUGGUUAUGGCACAUACGUUUUCUUUGCGGCAUGCUGUGCUCUUGCAGGAACGUGGGCCUUUUUCUUGGUACCCGAGACGACCGGCAGGACGCUAGAGGAAAUUGUUGAGGUUUUUGGGAAUGUUAGCAAACAAGCACACAACGAGAUUACCGGAGAAACUACUUCAGAAGUGGUUAGAGAGGCAAACCGAGUCGACGUGUGA